AUGCGUACAGACGGGUUAUUGUACCCAUCAAAUCGCGUCCAGUUACACGACACCAAGUACAGCGUGCUCUUCUGCGAGCGCGUCUGGUACGCGAAGGAACCCGAAUGGAGAAUCCCAGCAGCUCGGGCACUGCUGUUGGUCAACCUCCAAAUUUCCGCUGAGACAAAGGCAGUCCUCUCUCGGUGUCGAGUGUCGUACAUUCUUGAUGUCGGAAUAGUCCAGGGCCGCUACCUAUGGCCGACCUGGCUCGCUGUCCCGAUUCUGUCCAACUGUAUUGAUAAGCUGACGGUCAACCUCCGGGUUUUUGGCUCUGCAACUUCUGCGACUCGACACUAUAACGCGUUUAGAGACACUGAGUCUCAAACAAACGGCAAUCCGCCCCCUUUUGCCAGAAUGCUCUAUAGUUUGCUAGAGCGGAUUCUAAAGCGCGGCCCGUCCUUUCCUUCACAGGAGAAUUUGACACGCCUGACUGAGAGUACUGGGUUUCAGCAGCACUUUCCAGUGGAGGGAUUGGGAAAAGAGGAAUCGCUAUCCCGGAUCCAAUCUAUCGUGUUCGUUGGGGAAAAUGAAAGGAUCGCUGAUAGUGAAACGCGGGUUAAGAAUCAUAGAGCAAGAGUGGCCCUUGGGAGGGCGUUUGAGGAUAGGGCAUUGUGA